AUGAAGCUGGAAGUGUUCUCGCAGCACUAUGAGGACAAGCUGAGCACCGGCAGCGACCAGGAAGGCAGCGGCUCGCUCUCCCCCGCUCCGGCGGAGAGCGAGCUGGGCUCGGACGGUGACUGCGCGGCCAACAGCCCGGGCGGCGGGGCCGGGCGGCCGGGGCAUCCCCCGCCGCCGCCCCCCACGCCGCAGCCCCCGCCGCCGCCGCCUGCCGAGAGCGCCAAGGGGAAACCCUACACGCGGCGCCCGAAACCGCCCUACUCCUACAUCGCGCUCAUCGCCAUGGCCAUCCGCGACUCGGCCGGCGGCCGCCUGACCCUGGCCGAGAUCAAUGACUACCUGAUGAGCCGCUUCCCCUUCUUCCGCGGCGCCUACACCGGCUGGCGCAACUCGGUGCGCCACAACCUCUCCCUCAACGACUGCUUCGUCAAGGUGCUGCGCGACCCGGCGCGGCCCUGGGGCAAGGACAACUACUGGAUGCUGAACCCCAGCAGCGAGUACACCUUCGCCGACGGCGUCUUCCGCCGCCGCCGCAAGCGCCUCAGCCGCGCCGCCCCGCCGCCGCAGCCCGCCCGCCCCGCCGCCGGCGUCCCGCCGCAAGUGCCGCAGGAGGCGGCCGGAGCGGGCGCCGCGUCCCCCGGCGCUUCCCCGCGGUGCUGCUGCGCCUCCUCGCCCUGUCACUGCGCGCCGGGAGCCAAGGAGGCAGCGGCGGGGGGCGGCGGGGCGAGGCCGGCGGGCGGCGGCGCUGCCAAGUUCUCCAGCUCCUUCGCCAUCGAGAGCCUCCUGCAGCGGCCGGCAGGACCCCGCGCCGCCCCGCAGCCGUCGCCGACCCCGCACGGCCGCCUCCUGUGGCCGGCACCGCCCGCGGCCCCGCACCUGCUGCCCGGGCCGUACCCGCUGCUGCCCUACCCACCUGCCGCGCAGCCCCCGCCCGCCGCCGCCCUCUACGGCGGGGGCCUCCUGCAGCUCUGCGCCUACGGGCUGGGAGAGCCCUCGCCGCCGCCGCUGCUGCUGGGGGGCGGGCGGCCCGCGCUGGCCCCGGGGGAGGCGGUGUCGCUGGCGGAGCGGCCGCGGGCGCCGCUGUUCCACGGCGGAAUCCCCAAGGGCGGGCGGGGGCCGCCGCCCGGCUCCCCGCUGUACGCGCCCCUCCGGCUGGCCGGGCCGCUGCCGCCGGCGGCGGGGGGCUCGGCCCCGUUCCAGCCGUACGCCGUGGAGACCCCGCUGGCUUAA